AUGCCUAUUUCUUCGUCCUCGGGUUGUGAACCGCUGGGGGAUGCAGAAGUACCUAUACCGACAAAGUAUAAGUGGGUUGCGGCGACCUCUUCUUUCGAAAGAAGAACGGAAAUGCUCAUUACGUUUCUUCUGCUUUUCGUCUACUUGGUUCUGGCCGCCGAUGUGUUUACAGAACGGUUCCUACUAGAUUGCAUGGGAGAAAAGGCUGGUUCCUAUUUCUUUGAUGUCUUGCCUGAUAGCUCGUUGAAUGUGUACCCCAGAGAAGUACGACCAUUUGAAAAAGAUGGAGCAGAUGCUUUAUUGUACCUUUGCUGGGAAUCUAUCCAUAAUAACAAGAUUGGGGUGAGUAUAGGCGGGCAUCCAGACUUUGAGUUGGAGUCAACUUCACCUUCAGACUUGGACUCUGAAGGGUACGAUUCGAGAAGCUGGGACUUGUUGAUGUUUCCCACGGAUACUCCACAGAGCACUGCUGGGGGCCGUAGGGCUUCUGAAGGGAGAGGUGUUUUGGAAAGAGCAUUCUGGGCACUUCUGGGGUUCCUAGAUUGGAAGUGA